AUGUAUGAAUUAAACAAUAAAAAUGAUGAUAACGAUAAAAAUAUAAAUUCAUUUGUAAAUAAUGAUAAUAUAAACGAUAAGAAUUAUAUAGAUGAAGAAGAUAUAAAACCAAAUAAUUUUGUACUCCAAAAUAUAAAAAGAGAAAAAAAAAAUAAAGAUCACUAUGAUAGUUUUAAAAUAAAUGAUAUAAAACAUUUAGAUCAUGUAGAUGAUACUAGUCAUGAGGAUAUAAAAAACAUCAUAGAACAUUCAAUAAAUAAUGAAAAAGAAACAUAUAAGGAACAAAAUAAUAAUAAUAAUGAUGAUGAUGAUGAUGAAGAUGAUAACAUUUAUACAUUCGUGUCCUCAUCAAACGAAGGAACUUCCAGAAAUAUUCAAAUGUCUAGAAAUAUGCUACAUGAGAACUCUCUAGAUAAAAAAUAUAAUUCUGAGAUAAUAAAAGAAAAUUAUGUAAACGAUUAUACUGCUGAUUAUCCUUUAAAGGAACAUAUUAAUAUUAACGAGGAUUAUUCUAAAAAUUAUAAAAAUGAAACAGCCUUUGAUAAGGAUAACAAUAAAAAUGAUAAUAUAAAGAAUCUUGAGGAAUACAAUUUACUAUAUAAUGAUAAUAUAAAAAAUGUAGGAAAAAUAGAUAUACCUAAUAAUGAUAAUCAAAAUUAUGUUCAUAAUAUAAAUAAUUUAAUACCAAACGAUAAUAAUUAUGAUAUUCAUGAUUAUAAUUUAAAAAAUGUAUCUCAUAUUGAUAACUAUCAUAUGAAUAAUAAAAAGAACAAUAACAAAGUUAAUAAUUUUAGCGAGAAAGAAAAAAUUAUGGAACUUCAUAAAAAUGACAAAAUUACAAAUAUAAUUAUUUACAAACGCAUGUAUCAAUCUUUUAUCCUUUUAAAAAAAGAAUAUAGAGAUCUAAUUGAUGAGCAUAAAAAAAAAAUAAAUAUCAAUAAAAAAUUAAAUUAUGAAUUUAAAAGUUUAAAAAAUAAUAGCUAUUAUUCAAACUUUUUUUUUAAAAAUGAUUCUGAUAAUUUAUUUGAUGAUUUGGCAGUAGGAAUAAGCAAUAUAUUUAAAUGGAUGGAUAUAGAUAAUAAAAUUAUUCAAACAAAUUUUCAUAAAGACAAAAGGGAAAAUAAAACUGAUAACGACGAUGAUAAUAAAAAUGGUGUUCAUGAUGAUAAUAAAAAUGGUGUUGAUGAUAAGAAAAAUGGUGUUGAUGAUAAGAAAAAUGGUGUUGAUGAUAAUAAAAAUGGUGUUGAUGAUGAUAAUAAAAAUGGUGUUGAUGAUAAUAAAAAUGGUGUUGAUGAUAAGAAAAAUGGUGUUGAUGAUAAGAAAAAUGGUGUUGAUGAUAAUAAAAAUGGUGUUCAUGAUGAUAAUAAAAAUGGUGUUCAUGAUGAUAAUAAAAAUGGUGUUCAUGAUGAUAAAAAUGGUGUUCAUGAUGAUAAUAAUAAUUAUCUUCAAGAUAAUAAUAAUAAUAAUAAUUGUAUUGAUGAUGAUAAAAAUUGUGAUAAUUUAAAAAAUAGUCCUUUUCAUGAGAAUGCCACUAUGAAUGAACAAACUACACAUAAUAUACAUUCAAUCGGAAAUUAUGAUGAUAACAUAAAUGUAGAAAUAGAAGAAAAAAAAGGAAAACUAUAUUUUAAUUCUUCUCAAAAUGGUAUGGAUACUAUUAUUAGCAUGACGGAUAAUCAUGAUAAUAUAAGUGAUGAUGAAAAUAGAGGAACACUUAAAAAGAAAAAAAAUGAAUUAAAUAUUUUAAAUAAAAAUAAUAGUGGAGAAAUCUAUUCAAAGGAUAAAUCCACAGAUGAGCAUGUGAAGAAUACAUUAUCAAAUAAAGACAAUUUUAGCAUAAAAAGUAAUACUACUACUACUACUAAUAAUAAUAAUAAUAAUAAUAAUAAUAGUAACAAUAAUAAUAAUAAUAAUAGUAACAAUAAUAAUAAUAAUAAUAGUAACAAUAAUAAUAAUAAUAAUAGUAACAAUAAUAAUAAUAAUAGUAACAAUAAUAAUAAUAAUAGUAACAAUAAUAAUAACAAUAGUAACAAUAAUAAUAACAAUAGCAACAAUAAUAAUAACAAUAGUAACAAUAAUAAUAACAAUAGUAACAAUAAUAAUAACAAUAGUAACAAUUGUUAUUCUCCUAAUGAAUCUUAUGAUACUAAUAACACCAUACAACAUAAGGAAGAUAAAAAAAAUGAUAAACUUUUAAAUAAUAAAACCACAAUAAUUAUUAAACAAACAAAAGAUGAAAUACUCACUUCAUUGUCGCAUACAUCAAAUAAAAUCCAAAACUGUUCAGAAAAUUACCCAUUUUAUAAAAAAGAAAAUAUAUUGUACAAAAAUAAUAAAGGAAUAAAGGAAAAAGAAAUUAUACAUGAAAAAAUCAAAAAAGGAUGUAUUUUACAAAAUAUCAAAAUGAAAGAUGGGAUAAUUAUUAAUAAAACUAAUAUAUUUCAAGAUUAUAAAACUAAACGAAAUUCCUACUUAUGGCAAAGAGAUACUGUAACUAGAAAAAAAAAUGCUAAAUGUUAUAACUCUCCUAAUAAAUUAGAAUAUAAAACAAAAUAUAAUAAUAAUAAUCAUAAAAAAGGAUAUCAACCAAUGAAAUUAAAUAAUGAUUCCUUAAAAGAAAAUAUUAUUGAUUAUAUAAAAAAAAAGUUACAUAAUAGAUAUAAAACCCUGAACCAAAUAAAUGAUGUAAGAAAAAACAACCAAAAUGAAAACAAUAUAAUAUCCCAUAAGUUAAACAAAAUUAAUCAGAACAUAAAUGUACUUAAUCAAAAUAUAAAAUCAGAUUGCCAAAGUAUAAAUACAAUUUCAGAAGAUAUAGACAAUACAUUCCUCUUAAAUUGGGAUAUUUACAAAAAAACAAAUAAUCAAUAUGAUCAAUUCACAAAAUCAAUUUUCCAUAUUUGUAGUUAUAAAGAAAAUGAAUAUAUUCCAAUAAAUGUGAAUAAUUUCUUCGUGACCAAUAAGAAAGUUAAUACCACUUCCGAUUUCAGCUUGAAAUGUUUGAAAAAAAAUAUGGAAUUUAUAUUAAGGAAAAGACAAAACAAAGUAAUAUCUAAUUUUAACAAAAAUGUCGUUGAUAAAAAAAAUAUAGUUGAUAAAAAAAAUAUAGUUGAUAAAAAAAAUGUAGUUGAUAAAAAAAAUGUAGUUGAUAAAAAAAAUGUAGUUGAUAAAAAAAAUAUAGUUGAUAAAAAAAAUGUCGUUGAUAAAAAAAAUGUAGUUGAUAAAAAAAAUGUAGAUGAUAAAAAAAAUCUAAUUGAUAAUCAUGCCAAAAAUAAUGAUAAACAAUAUAAACCUUGUGAUAAACUUGGCGCGCUAAGAGAUACAUCAUCUAUAAUUUUGAAAAAGAUAAUGUAUCAAAAAAAGUCCUCUUUUUUAUUUAAUAAAAAUAAUUUUCAUAUGAUAAAUAAGAAAUUGAAGUACUGUAAAAAAGGUUGUAAUAAUGAUAUUUCCAAAUGUGUUAUAAAAACAAGACACUGGAGAAAUGUUAUAUAUAAAACAAACGAGGAAAAAAAUGAAAUAUUUUAUUUUGUUCUUAAAAAAAUAAUAACUUCUUUUGAAAAGAAAAAAAAAGGAAACAUACUAAAAACAUAUAAAGUAAAAUUACUUCAAAAUAAUGAAAAUUAUAUUUAUAUAUAUAUAUUUCAAAUUGAAAAAUAUCCAAAAAUGUCUAGUGAUAUUUUUUUUUUAACUCAAAAAAGUUCCUUGCCUGUUCAGAAAAAAUAUUCCAUGUUCAGGAAAAGUCAAAAAAAAAAAUAUAUAUAUGAACAAACCAGCAAGCUUGAUGAUUCUGUAUAUGAAGAAAAAUGUGAAAAAGAUGGAAAUAAAUUGAAAAAAAAUAUGUUUCAAUUUUAUAUGAAUGAGCAUGAGAAAUGUUGUGUUUCACUUGACAAAAUUAAUAUAAAGGAACAAAAUAAAGGAAGGGAUGAUAGCAACAAUAAUGAUGAUAAUAAAAAUAAUAAUAAUAAUAAUAAUAAUAAUAAUAAUAAUGAUUAUUAUUAUUAUGAUGAUGAUAGUAAUAUUCAUACACACGAUGAAAUGAAAAAUGAUACACUUAUAGAUAAAAAUGUCAAAAGCAUGGACACGAUAGAAUAUAAUAAAUUCCAAACUAAAGAUUUAACAACCCAGUUUGAAGAAAUGCUUAAACAACAUAUAGUGACUAUGAACCUUUUAGAUAAGAAAAUUGAUAUUAUAAAAAAGGAUCCACCAGAAGAAAUAAAUAAUCAUAAAGAUGUUGAUGAUAAUAAUAAUUCUGAUGAUAAUGAAGAUGCUGUUAUUAUAAUAGGAAUGAAGAUAAUUUUAAAUGAUAAAUAUCUAUUCCUUUUUGUUGAUGCCUUAAACAGUAUAGAAUAUAAUAUAAAGAAAUGGAUGGUUUUACAUGAAGAAAUAUUAAUGUCUCAUAUUAAAGACAAUUUAACUAUCUCUAAUUUUUUUAAAUAUUAUAAUAUAAAUUUAUAUACUUUUUUUGUUAAUUUCUUGAAUAGUGUAGAAAAUUAUAUAGAAGAAUUCCCUUUUUAUUUUUCAAUAUUAUUUGAAGAUAUGUUUCCUUUUUCACUUUCAUAA